AUUUUGACAGGGCUCCAAGUGUAUCAUACUCUGCCUGAUCCACACCCUCAUUUGCGAACAUGGAGAACGGCACAGAGGGCAAGAACUUCUACAUCCCCAUGAACAACCGGACGGGGCUUGUGAGGAGUCCUUUUGAGUAUACACAAUAUUAUUUGGCGGAUCCAUGGUUCUUCAAACUGCUGGCUCUCUACAUGUUCUUCCUGAUGUGCACCGGCUUCCCCAUCAACUUUCUGACACUGCUGGUCACGGCUCAGAACAAGAAGCUCCGGCAACCUCUCAACUUCAUCCUGGUCAACUUGGCUGUUGCUGGAGUCAUCAUGGUCUGCUUCGGAUUCACAGUCUGCUUUUAUUCCUCCCUCAAUGGCUAUUUCUCCUUGGGAACCAUGGGCUGUGCUAUUGAGGGAUUCAUGGCCACCCUUGGAGGUCAGGUGUCUCUGUGGUCUCUUGUGGUUCUUGCUGUUGAGAGAUACAUUGUGGUCUGCAAACCCAUGGGUAGUUUCAAAUUCACAGCCACCCACGCUGGAGUAGGUUGUGCAUUCACCUGGGUCAUGGCUGCCUCCUGUGCUGUCCCUCCUCUUGUUGGCUGGUCACGGUACAUCCCUGAGGGUAUUCAGGUGUCCUGCGGACCCGACUACUACACCUUGGCCCCAGGCUACAACAACGAAUCAUUUGUCUUGUACAUGUUCACCUGCCACUUCUGCGUUCCUGUCUUCACCAUCUUCUUCACCUAUGGAAACUUAGUGUGCACAGUGAAGGCGGCCGCAGCUCAGCAGCAGGACUCUGUAUCCACACAAAAAGCUGAGAAGGAAGUGACACGUAUGUGCAUCCUGAUGGUGCUGGGCUUCCUGGUGGCUUGGACCCCAUAUGCCAGCUUUGCUGCAUGGAUCUUCUUCAACAGGGGAGCUGCAUUCUCAGCCACAGCCAUGGCCAUCCCUGCCUUCUUCUCAAAGAGCUCAGCACUGUUCAACCCCAUUAUCUAUGUGCUGAUGAACAAACAGUUCCGUAAUUGCAUGCUGAGCACUAUUGGCAUGGGUGGCAUGGUGGAGGAUGAGACCUCAGUAUCAACCAGCAAGACAGAAGUGUCCUCUGUCUCCUAAACACGGACCAAUCUCAAGAAAUCUCACGGAUGUUUUCACAUGGACUAAUAACAAGUAUACAGAGAGCAGAAUUUGGUUACAUACAAACAGCCCCAAAAAAAUCACCUACAUUUGGGUACAGUUACACCGUAUGCAAAGCACCAGCUUUCUAUCACAGAGUGGCCAGGACUGUUUAGUUCUGCUGUUAAAAUAAAGGAAAUUUCAGUAUUUCUUCUCACAAUCAACGAACUGAAUGUGCUCUGUUGUCUGGCAUGAAAUCAAUCCAGUCGGCCCCAUGAGUGCAGGGAGUUGUUUUUUUAUUCCCAACAUCAUCUUUAUGAAAGCACUUAUUUUGUUCUGCUGUAUUGAAACUUUUUUUGGGGGGACCAGAAUUUAUUUUCUUGGCCAAUUGUAAAUAUAUUUUAUAAAUGCUUAUGACAUUGUAAAUGUAGGUAAAUAAAUGCAUGCAUCAAAAA